AUGAUGCAAGCCCGGCUACGAAAGGUGCAGUCGAUUGCCAGCAACCAAGCCUGCGCUGACUGCGGGUGCAAGAACCCGCAGUGGGCCUCGGUGACAUACGGCAUUUUUUUCUGCCUCGAGUGCUCCGGCACGCACCGCAGCCUCGGUGUCCACCUCAGUUUCGUCCGCUCCGUCAUUAUGGACUCGUGGAGCGACUCCCAGCUGAAGCGGAUGGAGGUUGGAGGAAAUUCCGCGUGGAACGAUUUCCUUGAUCGGUACGCUGAUGCGACGGAGACGGCGACGAUAGCGAAGAAAUACGCGUCGCCUGCUGCGCAGUACUACCGGGAAAAGCUGGACGUGCUUGUCGCUGGUCGAGCGUGGACCCCUCCUCCUGGUCUGAUGCCCAAGCAAAAGACAGUGUGGACUUCAGCCGAUCAGUAUGCUAAUAAUGCUGUUCCUUUUCACUUGGUGUUUGUUGUUACAGGCGCGCUCUACCCUACCAGCUGCAUCCCGAGCCUCGUCUGCCGCUUCGAGAACCAGCAGAAGAUGCACCGCUCCUCCCGCUCGAGCCGUCGCCUCGCAAAGUUGGGAUGA